AGCUGGAACAACCUAGUUUCUGAACUCUCGUUAUGGUCUUCCAAGAAUAUCAGUGUUUUGGCCCCUCAUUCCAAAAUUCACAACUGAAUUUAACAAACACAAGCAUCUGUGAACAUCUAAGUGGCCUUCCACUACUUGUUCUUAACGUGGCAGUUCAAAUACACAAAAGGAUACUAAAGGAUACUGCCCUUGGCUAUACUAUGAGCUAGAUGGGUAUAACCUUUGAUCAGAGACCUUAUCUAGCUGGAUUUCAGAUUCAUUAUCCACAGCUUGAGAAUUCACCUAGGUGACUCUGCAAUACCUACUUAAACACUCUAGUUCAGUAAGAAUCUUCCUAAACAAAACAAAACCAGGUUCUCAUUUGGCAACUCGCUUCACUACUCAGAAAAUUUUGAUUUCCUCUAUAGGAAAAACAGCAAACAAAAAAAUUACAGACGUCCUUUCCAACAGUGAUGGCCUCCCCACAAGAUCAUGCCUCUCACAAAGGAUCUCCUUCAUCCCUCUCCAGAAAAGAGGAAACACAAGACGAAGCACCUGGUGCAGAGCCUCAAUUCCUAUUUCAUGGACGUGAAAUGCCCAGGAUGCUAUAAAAUUACCACCAUCUUUAGCCAUGCACAAAGAGUAGUUUUGUGUGUCGGCUACUCUACUGUCCUCUGUCAGCCUACAGGAGGAAAAGCAAGGCUUACGGAAGAAUGCUCCUUCAGACGGAAGCGGCACUAAAAGCCCCCAGAAUCAAGAUGAAUGGGAAACCAUCCCAAUAAACAUAUUUUGGA